GGCAGCAACCGCAGAAGCCGAGAACCACCUGGACCUCCUGCGCCACCUGAGCAACCCGAUCCACCUGGACUUCAGGUGCUUCCAGACGAUGCUCUUCCACGGGAGCCUCCUGUUCUGGCUGUGGUGCUGGCUCCUUCAGACGGCGCUGGACAUGCCGAUGGGCCUUCCUCCUGUGGCGCGUGCGGGACAAGGGGCGCAGGUGUUGGGCCCCGCCGCUGCUGGCACUGGGCAUGCGGGGCUGGGUCCCGCUGCAGCGUGCACGGGGCAGAUGGGGAGUGAGGCAGGCACAGUCGGCGACAGCGAUGCCAACGCUCGCCACCUGCUGCUCGUCUUUCUAAAGUUCCUCAGCGCUGAGAUUCUCGAGGCUAUUCAGACGACCAGCGAGAGCGCAGAGCGCGCCGAUGUGCUGUCACCUGAGCAGGUUGCGGCCGCAGUCCAGCACAUGUACUUCAAGUUCGCGCCCUCAGACAGCCAUCGCGAGCUCGCGUGUUGGCUACUCACCCACCCUGGCGCGCUCCUGGAAGACGAGUUGCGCCCCGAGCUGAUGGAGGGCAUCUGGGAAGCGGAGCAGAAUGGCGGCCCGAACGACAAC